AUGGCAAUGCACCUGCUGGGGAUGCUCAGCAGUGUGGACCCUCGUUGGGAGCUGCCUGCCCUGGCCCUGCUUGUUGAGGUCCUGGACUAUCUGGAUGGGAGUAGCCGUGACAGGGUCCUGCGGAUCCUGUCAAGGAACCUGCAGAGCCAGUGCCCAGAGAGGCAGCGCCUGGCUCUGAGAGGCCUCCUGGUUCUUGCCGUGGAUCCCUCAAAGGCCAAAAGCAUUGCCAGCCAUUCUGAAAGCCUCCUGGAGCUGCUGCACCAUGCAGAUGGAGAGCUGGUCGGGAUGACGCUCUCCGUGUUCCUGACUGUGCUCCGGGGCAAAGACAUUCGGGCAAUCAUCUCCACUGCCCCCAGGCUGGCUGAAGCACUUCGGCCACUCUUUGACAAUGACAACACCCAUGUGCAGCUGCUGUCCAUUCGCCUCUUCCAAGAGGUGAUGGAGUUGCUGGCAGAAGAGGGAACACAGCCCUUGGAGACGCAGGUGCACCAGAGCCUGGUGCCACUGUUCAUCCUCGGGCAUGACGACAGCCAGAGCGUGGCAGAGGCCGCUCGCGAAGCGCUGCUUUGCUCUGCAAGGUUCCUCAAGAGAAGGGACCUGGAGAAGCUGCUGAGGAGAGAGCAGCACUUCAAAUUCUGUGAUUGCCUGGUAAGGACGAGCUGA